GGUAGUGGGAUUUAAAGAUCAGCUUGAGCCUCAAUCAAAGCUAAUUUCUCUUUCAUUUAUUCUUUGGGGGUCACACUGUUCAGCUUAAAGUUCUAAGCUUUUUCCUGUGAAUUUCCGAUAUUCUUAUCUACCUACCCAAAAGGGAAAAAAAGUAGAAAUUUCAACAUUCAACUACAACUACUGCUGUUGUUGUAGCAAGCGUGACAAUCUCUAGUGGAAAAUUCUUUUGAGGCGAACUAUAUUUUCUUAGUUGUGUAAUCUUGAAUCUAUUCCAUUCCCUUUUAAUCAACUUAAGUCCGCCAUUUAUUUUUGAUUCACUUCUUCUUGAGCUUAUCUUGCACCUCUUUUCUCAUUAACCCAAAGUAUCAGUCUUUACCCUGAAAUUUUUAAUCUUUGUGCUUUGGAUUUUUAUUGUUUCGUUGAUUUCUAGUUGCAAAUCGAAUCACCCCUUUAAUGGGAUUUUUUGGUUUUGGGAAUAGUGAAGCAACUCUUUUGAUUAGCUUUAAGAAAUGGUAUCCAGAUCAUACUCGAAUCUCUUAGAGCUUGCCUCCGGUGAACCUCCAUCUUUAGGCCGAAUUAGCCGGCGGAUUCCCCGGAUUAUGACGGUCCCCGGGAUCAUUUCCGAUAUUGACGAUGAACUGUCGGAGAGUGUAUGCUCCGAUCCAUCCUCCUCCUCCUCCCAGAAAGAUCGAAUUAUCAUGGUAGCUAAUCAACUGCCCAUAAGAGCACAUCGAAAAUCGGAUAAUAAUAAAAAUAGCAGCAGCACCAGCAGCAAUGGUUGGAUUUUUGGCUGGGAUGAUAAUUCACUUCUCCUUCAAAUGAAAGAUGGGCUAGGAGAUGAUGUUGUUGAGGUGAUAUACGUUGGUUGUUUAAAGGAAGAAAUUCACCCAAAUGAACAAGAUGAGGUCUCCCAGAUUCUUCUUGAGACCUUCAAGUGUGUGCCCACUUUUCUGCCACCUGAUCUAUUCAGCAGGUAUUAUCAUGGGUUUUGUAAGCAGCAAUUGUGGCCUUUGUUCCAUUAUAUGUUGCCUUUGUCUCCGGAUCUCGGCGGUCGGUUCAACCGGUCGUUGUGGCAAGCCUACGUAUCGGUCAAUAAGAUUUUUGCCGAUCGGAUCAUGGAGGUGAUCAACCCGGAGGAUGAUUUCGUUUGGAUACAUGAUUAUCAUCUCAUGGUGUUGCCAACUUUCUUGAGGAAGAGGUUCAAUAGAGUUAAACUCGGGUUUUUUCUUCACAGUCCGUUUCCUUCAUCGGAGAUAUAUAAGACAUUGCCUAUUAGGGAAGAGCUUUUGCGUGCCUUUUUGAAUGCGGAUUUAAUCGGGUUUCACACGUUCGAUUACGCCAGGCAUUUUCUGUCGUGCUGUAGUCGAAUGCUUGGUCUUACUUAUGAAUCCAAGAGAGGGUAUAUAGGCGUUGAGUAUUACGGAAGAACUGUUAGUAUCAAAAUUCUCCCUGUAGGGAUACAUAUGGGUCAGCUCGAGUCUGUUUUGAGCCUUCAGGAGACUGAAGCGAAGGUCGCCGAGCUCAUUAAGCAGUAUUGUGAUCAAGGCAAGACAAUGUUGCUUGGGGUGGAUGAUAUGGACAUAUUUAAGGGUAUUAGCUUGAAGCUGUUAGCGAUGGAGCAAUUACUUUUGCAGCAUCCCGAGUGUCAAGGGAAGGUAGUGCUGGUCCAGAUAGCACUUCCUGCGAGAGGCCGGGGAAAAGAUGUGAAAGAAGUGCAGGAGGAGACAUACUCGAUUGUGAAGCGGAUUAAUGAAACUUUUGGGAAGCCAGGUUAUGACCCUGUUGUAUUGAUCGAUGAACCGCUUAAGUUUUACGAGAGGAUUGCAUAUUAUGUUGUUGCAGAGUGUUGUUUAGUAACAGCUGUAAGGGAUGGAAUGAAUCUCAUACCGUAUGAGUAUAUAAUCAGCCGACAGGGGAACAAGAGGUUGAAUAAGGUUUUGGGGUUGGAGCCAUCCACACCAAAGAAAAGCAUGCUUGUUGUUUCGGAAUUCAUUGGCUGCUCUCCAUCUCUGAGCGGAGCAAUUCGAGUAAAUCCGUGGAACAUCGAUGCCGUAGCAGAUGCAAUGGAGUGUGCCCUCGCAAUGGCAGAACCGGAAAAACAGCUUAGGCAUGAGAAGCAUUACAGAUACGUGAGUACCCAUCAUGUUGGAUAUUGGGCUCAUAGUUUCCUUCAAGAUUUGGAGAGGACAUGUCGAGAACACGUGAGACGAAGAUGCUGGGGUAUUGGUUUUGGGUUAAGUUUUCGAGUUGUAGCUCUUGAUCCGAACUUCAGAAAGCUCUCAAUGGAGCACAUUGUAUCAGCUUACAAGAGGACAACCUCUAGGGCAAUUCUUCUAGACUAUGAUGGCACUUUAAUGCCACAGGCUUCGAUUGACAAAAGCCCAUCAUCUAAAUCCCUCGACAUCCUAAAUAGCCUGUGCAGAGAUAAAAACAACAUGGUUUUUAUCGUCAGUGGCAAAAGCCGAAAGACACUCGCCGAAUGGUUUUCUCCAUGCGAUAAACUAGGAAUUGCUGCUGAGCAUGGCUACUUCUUGAGGCUCAAGGGAGACGAGGAAUGGGAAACGUGUGUCCAAGCUGCAGACUGUGGAUGGAAGCAGAUUGCAGAACCUGUAAUGAAGCAAUACAUGGAGACUACCGAUGGGUCCUACAUCGAAGACAAGGAAACUGCCCUCGUCUGGUGUUACGAGGAUGCUGAUCCAGAUUUUGGAUCGUGCCAAGCUAAAGAACUUCUGGAUCAUCUCGAAAGUGUGCUGGCCAACGAACCCGUUACAGUAAAGAGUGGUCGGAAUUUUGUGGAGGUUAAGCCACAGGGUGUAAGCAAGGGUCUUGUAGCUAAGCGCUUACUUUCCACCAUUCAGGAGAGGGGGAUGUUACCCGACUUCGUUCUAUGCAUAGGAGACGACCGGUCUGACGAAGAUAUGUUCGAGGUAAUCAUAAGUUCAGUAUCCAGGCUGUUGAUUGAUCCCAGAGCAGAAGUGUUUGCGUGUACCGUAGGUAGUAAACCGAGCAAGGCUAAGUACUACCUGGACGACACGGUGGAAAUCUGUAGGUUGAUGCAGGGUCUGGCUUCUGUUUCGGAUCAGAUGCUUUCGGUUUCGUCGUAGCGACGAAAAAAUGAAGAACAAAGGUGAUGUUUGUGUUUGGAACUGAAACCCAAGAAGCGGACAAUUAUAUAUUUGCCUCGACUUGUUUUGAAAUGUACAUUAUUAUUAUCAUCUUAGUGUUGAAACUGUGUGGAAGCGGAUACCGUCUCUGUGUUUGUUGUUUUUUCCCUAGUAAAGCUGUAAAUAUGUGCUUGUGUGACAAAAUCCGAUUUUUCCCCAA